UGAGUCUUAAUUCCGUCCAGAGGUUAAAAAUCCCGAAAAUACACGCCUCUUUUUUCGGUGCUCCUUUGCUCUCUCUUGACAUCAGGCUAUUUCUUCUAAGCCCAAAACAAAUUUCAAUCCUUCACACAUCUCUCUCUUCAUUCAAGGAUCAAGCAGCCGCGCCGCCGAAUCUUUUUCUGGGAAAACCCUAAUCUCUGUGAAAAACGAAGAACAAAAGCAGCGAGGGAUGUCGUACGAUGACGUGGAGAUUGAGGACAUGGAGUGGAACAACGAGCUCCAAGCUUUCACAUAUCCUUGUCCGUGCGGUGACCUGUUCCAAAUCACAAAGGAAGAUCUGAAGCUAGGUGAAGAGAUCGCCCGAUGCCCUAGUUGUUCCCUUUAUAUCACCGUUAUCUAUAAUAUGGAAGAUUUCAUCGGAGAUUCCAAGAAACACGUUGAGCCUUCGAAACAAUAGCCUAUUGCUGUCGCUUGAGAACCUCGGAGUUUCGAUUUAUUUUAUUUUUUUGGGUCCAAUUGAAGAUUUUGGUAAUCAUAUUGUAAUACAUAGUAGUUCGAAUUGGCAUUAACUGCCUGAAAUUUUGAUGUAUUGAGAAAGAAAAGUUGGUGGUUUUGUUUGACGUUUGCCCACUCUUUGGAUUAUGAAUUUUAUUGGGAUUGCAAUAAUUAUACGUACUAUUUGAUUGCU